CAGUUUUUCAAAGCUCGUAAAACUCCUUUUGUUGUUGUUGUUGUUUUUGCAGGGGAAUCAAAUCCAAGGCACUUUUUCCAUCUAAUCAGAAGCAUUCUUGUUUUUGUUGGUAGUUUUGAGAGUUGAAUUAAAGAAAAAAAAAACACAAACGAAAAUGGAGAGAAGCACUCCUGUGAGGAAGCCACACACAUCCACUGCCGAUCUUCUCACUUGGUCCGAAACUCCUCAACCCGAUUCCUCCGCCCCUCGCUCCACCCGCCCUCACCAGCCGUCGGAUGGGAUCAGAAAAGUGGUGUUUGGAGGUCAAGUGACCGAUGAAGAAUUUGAAAGCUUAAACAAACGGAAACCUUGUUCUGGAUAUAAAAUGAAGGAGAUGACUGGCAGUGGGAUUUUUGCUGCCAAUGGAGAAAACGAUGAAUCAGAACAAGGCAGCGCUAAUCCUUCUUCAAACAGCAAAACCGGACUACGAAUGUACCAGCAAGCACUAGCUGGAAUUAGUCACAUCUCAUUUGCCGAGGAAGAGAGUAUUUCCCCCAAAAAGCCGACUACUCUACCCGAGGUGGCGAAGCAGCGUGAGCUAAGUGGAACCCUAGAAAGCGAGGAUGCAAAGUUGAAGAAGCAACUCUGUGAUGCAAAGUGCAAGGACCUCAGUGGACAUGACAUCUUUGCGCCUCCACCUGAAAUUUUACCCAGGUCAAUGGUACGUGCAUUGGCAUUGAAGGACAAUUUUGAUAUGGGAGAACCUGAUACACGUAAUUCUGCUGGAAGUAGCAUGUCAAAUGAGGAGGCGGCGGUUAAGACAGCAAAGAAAAUUCAUAAUCAGAAAUUUGCUGAGCUUUCAGGAAAUGACAUAUUUAAGGGUGAUGGUUCUCCAGGUUCUUCCGAGAAACCACUCAGUGCGUUAAAACUAAGGGAGAUGAGUGGCAGUAACAUCUUUGCUGAUGGGAAGGUGGAGUCUCGAGACUACUAUGGCGGCGUACGCAAACCCCCCGGCGGUGAAAGCAGCAUUUCUCUGGUUUAACUUCUUAGCUCUCUAACCUAUCAUAUUGCUUCUGCUGUGUCUGGUGUUUUAUCUUUAGUCGGGUGUGAUUAUAUUAUAGGACCUUUCCAUUGUGGUUUUGGGGAUUAUGUUUUAGGGUUAACAUGAGCUGUGGACAUAUGCUAAUUGCUCUCUUUGUCUGUAAUCUUGUGAAUUUCAGUCCCAACUUGGUGAAGGUUGGGCUGUUUCAGAUUUUAAUUUUGUUGCUUAGUUCCCCAUUUAAUCAUUA